AUGCAGGCAGACUCUUUACCACUGAGCCACCAGGGAGCCCAUAAUUGUGAGUUGAGGGUGAGGGGGAGCUGUUCCUUUGCCUCGGACCCGUUGAUACCCAAACUGUAUGAACUUCACUAUUUUUCUCUUUCCUUUUCCUCACUCUUUGUUCCUUUUAAUUAUUAUUAUUUCUUGUUUCUCUGUAAUACUUUACCUGUUCCUCUCCUCACUGCCUUAAGAAUGCUAGUCAUCUUGACCUCUGAGGGCUUAUUUCCCUCCCUUCCCCUUGCCCCUUCUGAAUGUCCUUCUUUAAGCUUUAUGUGGUGA